AUGGUUGUGCCCUCUCCCAUUUGCAGGGGACGCGCGGCCCUGGGUCCCCGCGUGGCGCCCGCGGUUCGAGUUAUCCGUGGUACAACACCUCCUUCAGGUUUGAUUCUGGUUGAUACUCCAAUCUCAGAGGAACACGUGGAUGAUGCACAGCCAGUUUCAGGUUUGGUGAGAUUCAGACAAAAACGCAAUGCCACUGACUUAACUUGGGCUCAGCAGUUGAACACUCAGAGGGUUGCAGCAAUUACCAAAUGGGUCAAGAUUAUUUUGACUUUCCCUGCCGCUUUCGAUUUGGGCCGCAAGUGGGACAAGGACGCGCCUUUGGGGACAUCGAUCGCUGCUGGUCUGAAACAUGUCUUUUCUGGAAAGGCGACUGGAACCCUCCAUAACCGUGCAGGGCCAAUUUUGAGGUUUAUUCAGUGGUGCCAUGCUCAUGGAGUGAUCCCAUUUCCUGUCAGGGAACAUCACGUGUACGAGUUCAUGAAGGCUAUUGGUUUUGAGGCAGCUCCAACCUUCUUGAGGUCCUUCUUGGUGUCCAUGACAUUUUGCAAUUUUAUUUUGGGGUUGACUGGAUCAGACGAAGUCACAAGCAGCCAGAGGGUACAGGGUUGUGCCCGUGAGAGUUACCUCACAAAAAGGAAGUUGUGCCAAAGACCUCCGCUGACAGUUGAUCAAGUGAAGGCCCUUGAAAUCUACGUUGCAGAUAUGCUGGGACCACCACGUGAUGUCUACGCG